AUGUCGUCCCCGGUCCCUUCCGGCGCUGGAAAGGGCAGUCCCUCAACCGAAGAGGAGGCGGCCAUGUUCCUGAGCCUCAGUAUGGCGGAGUUUCAGAAGGAGGAGGAGUCACCCCAGACGGCCACGGGCGUUUCUGCCCGGAGCAGUGGCAGCACCACCAGCAGCGCGUACACCGUGGGCAUGAAGCGCCCGCACGAGGAGGGACAUGGAGAGGGUGAGGGAGAGGGUGAGGACCGGGCCAAGAAACGGCAGGAGUGCGUGGCGAUGAAGGACCGCAACAACGAGGUUGAGGCUCCCCUUCUUCCCGGGUAGGGGGGAAAAGGGGAAACGGACUGGCAGAGGCACACCCCGUGUUUGUCUGGUGUUUGUUGUUGCAGCGUCAGUACCGACAAGCCACCACAUCCUCGGGACCUUAAUGCCGACAAGUUGACGCGGAGGGCAUACUACCACGUGUGGGACACGAAUCCAGAGCUGGCGUAUCGGAUGUACCAGCGGGGAGAAAUAUAG